UCCAAACAACCCCUUCAACACUCGCAAGUCGCAAAGGCUCGCAUCGCACCGCCCACCUUCCUCGCCGCCUUUGCCCUCCCAUCCCCUCUCCGCUUCCGCCAUGGCCCAGCCCGCCUUCCUCUCCUCCCUCCGCUCCCGCCUCCGCUCUGCGCCGCCGACGACGCCGCACCAUCGCCUCCAGGCCAGCCGUGGUUACCACGUCGAGCUCGGCGCUCGCGAGAAGGCGCUCUUGGAGGAGGAUGUUGCUUUGAAGAGGUUCAAAUCAUACAAAAACAGUGUGAAACAGGUCUCCAAGAUUGGGAAUGUUCUCACUCUUGCUGUUGUACUUGCCUGCAGCUAUGAGAUCGCUGUGUUGGCAACAAGCACAAAAUGAGGGACAUCACAGUUGUUUGGCGGCACAGAUAUCUGAGAAAGUGAUUCAUCGCCACACAUCCUGUGUUUGAGACCUUUCUGUUGAUCGUUGCUAUAAUUGCUACCAUGUAAAAUAAAAUAAACUAGGUUGGCAUUUUUAUGAAUAACAUUCUGUUUCAUGGCCUAGCUUACUUGUAAACGAAGUGGGCACUGCAUUGUUCAUCGUGCUGAAUGAGAAUUGUCUGAUUUAAAUUCGCUGGGAUGGCA